UCUUAGCGUAGCGGUGCUUUCACUAAAUUUCUUUCUUCACAGGAAUAUAAUAUUAAUUAGGAUGGAUAUGGGAAAUCGCCGGCAAUUGGGUUCCAAAGCUGCAUUCCUUUGCCUCAUUCUCACCGCCUUCUUUCUUCUUCGCUUCACCGCAGCAGAAAACACCAGAGAUCCCACAGACAACGUUAAUCUAAGCCCAUUCCGGGCCUGGAGAAGUGCUCAUUGGUGCCUCGUCAACUUGAAGAAAGCGGGGAUAUGCCAAGGAGCGCAGUUGUUAACGGAAACCGGGGAGCUGAAAGUGGAGGCGAGUGAAGUGGAUGGGUUCUGCAAGGGGGGAUGCGGGGACCAGACAAGGGCAGCUCUCACCUGCGUUCACCACUGCAUGCGCCACUACAAGUUCGCCAACAAGGCUCGCGUUUCCGACCUCAACUCCACCCUCUCCAAAAUUUGCCCCUAAAUUUUGUAGUUCAAUACAUAAUCACCACCACUGGCCGCUGCUGCUUAUGUUUUUGUCUGGAAUAAUCAAGGGGGAGGCAUGACACGAUGGCGGGCAUCUUCAACAAGAAGCCCGCCAGAAUCAAUCAGUGUUUACGUUACGUGUGUUGCCUAUGUUUAGUAGUCCCUUUUUCUUAUCUAAUAAGAUAAUUAAUGAAUCCGGUUUUGCUUUACAGAUAACAAGAAUUAUCCUACAAUUAAAUUAACCAGCACUGAUCAACGAGUUCAAUAAAAGUUCAAUGGAUCAUUGACUAAAUUUCGACCUCUUUUAAGGUUGUUGUUCAAAGCUGAACAUACUAGGACGGAAUAUUCUCUGGAAAAUGAUCCCUCAUACACUGAAGAAAGGACUGCGAAUAAAACCUAGAGGGUAUUUUCAAAUGUUUUGACAUGUUCCAUGCCAUCCUUUUCAAGGACGCGCAUUCCCUAUCAUUUCUUAUGUAUCAAUAAAAAAAAAAAAAAAAAAAAAGAAA